UUCAAAUGAACAUCUCACCUACUACUACUACUAAUUUUACUACUAAGAGUAUUCACGAAGUAAACAAAUUUAACAGAAUACUAGCCUAGUAAUAGUAUUUUCCAACGAAGUUGCCCUUAAAAUAAUUGACCCUGGCUCUCAAGAAACCGAAAAACAUGGCGCCGGAAUGGGCCAUUGGUGAGAGUAAAGGUUAUCAACAGAAGCUUCUCAUUCCUGGAACCAAUAAAAGAAAGUUUUUCGGACUGCUUGAAAAACCAAAUUUACCUCCGUCAGCUCCAAAUGUCACUUACAAGCUUUUUAUGUAUGGAAAAGUAUCGUCAGGGAAAACGUGGACAAUGAAUCGACUCUCAGGCCAAGAAGUACCUUCACACCACAUUGAGACAGUUGGAAUACAAUGUUGUCAUGUAUUCUGGCCUAUGAAAAUUGGCAACAGGCUCAUUCUCUUUCGUCUGGAGAUUUGGGAUGCUGGUGAGGCAAGCGUAAAACGCUACAAUCAUGUGUUGCCGGCUUGUAGAGAAGGUGUGGAUGCAGUUCUGUUGUGCUUUUCUCUGACUGACAGAGAAGGCUGGGUAGACCUGCCUCACGUGCUAGCAACGGCAUCUCAGCCCACUGACCGAGCUGCGGUUAUUGGAAUAGCCACAAGGUGCGAGCAGUUUGCAAAUAGGGAAGUUACAGAGAUGGAGCUAGAAUCAUUUGAGGCAACUCAUGGUAUACCAGUCUUGAAGAUGGUUGCCAGUCCGGACGAUCACACGGAUGAACUAUCAAGCAUAGCCCCCAUUUUAAAUUUUCUCUGCAAACGUCUUUGGCAACGGGAUCAAGAAUUACUCUCCAUUAAGCCAUAGACUUUAUAAAUGGGUUUUUGCAAGUAUAGUAUUGGACUUUGCUCCACAUCAGUAGAGUUAAACUCCUCUCAUACCUGGUGCUUCUGUCUUAGUUGCAUAUUAUCUGCAAAAGAUUUCUAUUAUUAAUUUCUGUAAACUGGGUUAGAUUUUGGCAUAGAGUAGAUUAGUACAAAAGGGCAGGCAUUGCUAUCUCAAAAUAACAUUGAAGCUCCAAAAAGUUGAUGGAAAAAUAUACUGUAGGAUGAAAAGACUGAUGAAAUGGUCAGUCUUAGAAAUUUCCUUGAGGUAACCUGCCCUCACCACUACUGAAUUAUGGGAAGAUGAUCCUGAGAAAGUA